AUGUCAUUCGUGAAGAGAAAUACAGUGCUCUCGGCGAGACCGGGGCGGCCGGUUGUCCAGGCUGGCCCUGCACCGGAAAAGCAGCAGCUUGCGCCAGGGAUCCGACCCUCUCCUCUCGAUGGCAGGCCCACAACAUCAACAGGAACGUCAUCUCUCGACCAGCUCCUUGCCGGGCACGGGGGGCUACCGCUAGGGACUAGCCUGUUGAUCGAAGAACAGGGCACAACAGACUUCUCUGGUGUCUUGUUGCGAUACUAUGCUGCUGAGGGUCUCGUCCAAGGCCAUCAGGUGCAUCUAGUCGGUCUUCCUCCAGAAUGGAGACACCAGCUUCCCGCGCUCGCUUCAACCGACGGCAAAUCGAAGACAGCUCAGGCUGCAGCACCACCUCCUGAGGAGAAGAUGAAGAUUGCUUGGAGAUACGAAGCCUUAAGGAACACGGCUACUCCAAGGUCAGUUGCGGGAGGGGACGCCAACCAGGGCACCUUCUGCCACUCGUUCGACCUCACAAAACGCCUGUCACCGAGCUCUUGCAAAGGGUCGCUGCAUCCUACCCCUGCCACAAGCCCGCCAAUGUUUGAUCAGCCGGGCCAUGGCACCCAGUCAACCCUCAAGGCCAUCAUCAGGCACCUACAGACCAAGCUAGCAAACUCGCCAUCGACAGACAUCCACCGCGUGGUCGUACCCAGCCUGCUAUCCCCAACACUCUACUCUCCACAAUGCAGCCAGCCUGCAGAAGUGCUCCAAUUCCUCCACGCGUUGCGGGCGCUGCUCCGACAGUACAUCACGCAGCUGACCGUGUUCAUCACACUUCCCAGCUCGCUGUUCCCGCGGAGCUCAGGGCUGGUCCGGUGGAUGGAGCUGCUGUGUGACGGCGUCCUCGAACUGAUCCCUUUGCCAGCCACCCCAGGAGCCCCUCCACCGCCUCCCUCAGGAUCAGAGAAGGGUGACCAGGCCCCUCAGGGUCUACUCCGGGUUCACACCCUGCCCGUAUACAGCGAGAAGGGCGGCGGGGGAGCGGAGACUAGCUAUUUCCGGGAGACACUUUCGUUCAGCUUGAGUGCUUCGAAAGGGCUCACGAUCAAGCCUUAUAGGCUUCCUCCGCUGGAAGGGGAGGCGGAGGAGAAGUCGCCUGCUAGCGCGAUCAAGGAUGGCAUUGAUUUUUAA